AUGGUUUUGAUAACAGCAGAAAAAUACUAUGCUCCUGACGGCAAGUUGCAGAAUUGCUGGAGCCCCGACGCAGCAAAAGCAUCCUCACAUCGGGCUGACUGUUUCGUGAAACAAUACGAUAGUUAUGCAGUGACAAGUGCUACAGACAAGAACAAGGUGUUGGGUCAUGUCAACGGUGAGCUGACUUUGAAUGAGAAUAUUGCGGACAACGGUGGCAUCAAGUUGUCCUUUGACGCUUAUCAAAUAUUCAUGGUCGAUCAGGCCAAGGAUUUGGGGAAGGGAAGUAAAGCUAGAGCGACAGGGUUUACUAUACCAACGAGUCAAGCAGCAUACAGUAGCAUACCUGCUGAUGUAGCGACAAGCUGUUCUUCAUCUCAACAGCAUUCGCCGGGUCAAUGGCGCGUGAACGGAGUUGCAAUCAAUUCGCGCGAGUUUGCACGUGUGUUUUCGUGUCCCGUUGGCUCGCCGAAGAGUCCGAAGACGGAGUGUGAGCUAUGGUAG